AUGGAGGGUGCCCGGUAUGCCCAGCAAGUGGAAGAAGAGAUUUGGCUCACCAAGAUUAACGCCAUCCGCCAAAAUGGCCAUCUCUGCGAUUGGGUCACCACUUUCCAUCCCCGGCAAAUCCCCUGCCGCUUAAAUUCUAAUGCCCUAAACAGCUCAUAUAAUCUCGGCCAAAAUUUUCUUUUCGAGGAUGGCACUGCGGGGUUGCUUCGUUUCCCCCGGAUAAUGGGCACUAACCCUGAUUAUGCUGACAAAAAGUUAACUAUGGAGGUAGAAGCUGUUUCUCUAAUUCGCGAGAGGGCGAGUAUUCCUGUUUCGAAUAUCAUUUCCUGGGGUCUUGCGGAUAGCAACCCACUGGGCUUGGGGCCAUUUAUCCUGAUGGAAUUGAUCGAGGGGGUGUGCUUAGGUAAAAUAUUCGUUGACGGCGAAGCGAGGCUACUCAAGGAGGAUAUCCCAGAAAGCGAUAUUGAAUUCGUAUACAGGCAGAUGGCGAAUAUCAUGUUACAGCUUUUUGACAUUGAUUUUGAUCGAAUCGGAAGCUUGCCCACGCCAAAAACGGGCCAGGGAUUCUCAACCAAUACAGAGUAUUUCCAGUACACUAUGGAGCAAGACUGGCAGCAGUUUCAACAUCAACCAAAAUCGGUCGUUGCAGAGCUGGUUGGGUACUCCAGAUAUGCGUCACUAAGUAUAGUGCGUUCGUUAUUGUCCCGAUUUGUGAAUACCGAAUAUGAGAAAGGUCCUUUCAAGCUCAUCUGCAACGAUUUCGGUCCAGCCAACAUGAUUGUCAGAAGCAGGGAAGACCUCAUAAUUGUCGGGGUCGUAGAACUCGAGUGGGUGUAUGCUGGACCAGCCCAGUUGUUUGCCUCGGCUCCCUGGUGGCUUCUCCUUGACCGACCAAUCAAUCCAGAGUGGGAUUUCAAAAGCAACGAGCCCCCCCCCCCAAGGAAAGUCCUAGCGGAAGAAGAGGCAAAAAUCCCCAGAUACCAAAAGAAAAGACAGGUCUCCAAGCUUGUACAAUGGUCCCAGACCUCGGGGGCUAUGUGGUUUCAUAUGCUUGUAUCAAGUGAAUGUUUCGAUUCGUACACUUUCCCAUGCAUGCACCUGUGGCUAAUGGUUGGUGAUACUUGGUGGAGAGAACGCUUCAAAGAACUGCAGAAGAGAAAGAAGGUGAAAAAUUUCGUGGCCUCUAAAAUGAAGGGUCCGAAUCAGUACGACAAACAUGAUGAAGAGCUCGAGCAACUCAAAUCCUCCAAGGACAAUUACCAGAUGACAAGGGAGGAGUUUAUUGCUGCCGCCAAUAAAAUCGUGCCUGCAACACCCAUUUCUCCUCGUCGACCUUCCCUGUGCCAGAGAAUCUGA